AUGAGUGAAGGGGUCGCCUCGCCGCCGGGUGCCGCAGCCGCUGCCGAGGAGGGGGCGGCGGCGGCGGGCGGGGGCCCAGCGGCGGGCGAUGCAGGGCCCGAGGCGGCGGGGCGGGAGGUGCGCUGCGGCGACUGCCUGGUGUGGAACCGGCAGCAGACGUGGCUCUGCGUGGUGCCCCUCUUCAUCGGCUUCGUGGGCCUGGGGCUCAGCCUGAUGCUGCUCAAGUGGAUCGUGGUGGGGUCCGUGCAGGAGUACCUGCCCACCGAGCUGAUGGAUUCCAAAGGGAUCGAGCAGGACCCCUUCUUCCUCUCCAAGCAGCCCACCACGCCGCCCAAGAGCGCGGAGCUCACCGCCUCGCCCGGCACCGCCGCCGCCGCCGCCGCUUCUCGGACGCCCAACCAGAUCAGUACCCGGCUCACUACCAUGGCCAAGGCGCCCACCCGCUUCCCGGCCACCCGGGGCCCCGUCCGGGCCGUCCCGCCGCGCUCCACCACGGCGCGCCACACGCUGGCGCCCCCGACCGUCCUGGCCAGCAGCACGGCUGCCGUCGCUGUCCCUUUCAGCACCACGCUGCUCGUGGCCCGCCCGGCGCCCGGCGCCCCUCGGAGCCCCCCUGUGCCGCUCUGGCCCACUGCGGCGUACACUACCUCGUCGUACAAGACUUAUCUUCAGGACUCGGCUCCUUCCUGGACCUUAUCCCCCUUCCAAGAGGCCAGCACCACCACCACCGCCACGCCGGAGACCCACUCCAGCCCCAAAUACCAUACCACAACCUAUUCCAUUGAACAAUCUGAGCACUUUAAGCCAUGCAAGGAUAAGGAUCUUGCAUACUGUCUUCACGAUGGUGAAUGCUUUGUCAUUGAAACUCUAACAGGAUCUCACAAGCACUGCAGGUGCAAAGAAGGCUACCAAGGAGUCCGCUGUGACCAAUUUUUGCCGAAAACCGACUCCAUCUUGUCAGAUCCAACCGACCAUUUAGGAAUUGAAUUCAUGGAGAGCGAAGAGGUUUACCAGCGACAGGUGCUGUCCAUUUCCUGCAUCGUCUUUGGGAUCGUCAUUGUGGGAACAAUCUCUGCAGCAUUCUACUUCAGAACAAAAAAGCAAACGAAGUACAUCCAGGAACAGUUGAAAGAGAUACAGAAUGCGAAAACCUAUAGCCUUAAUGCUUCCAGCAUCAUGGCGAAAACAGAGACCAGAGCCCAAAGCCAAGUCCAGCUGCAAAACUAUUCAACCACAAGAAGACAUGAAGAGCCAGUGAUGGGGAAGAUGAUGGAGUCUAGUUUUUCAGGCACCCAGUCCUUCCCUGAAGCUUUGUCUGCAGACAGAGGAGGCCAGGCUGCAAAGCCACAUAGGAAUUUUUCUCCGUGUUGCAAUGCAGGUCAGCAACCUGGAAUGUUGCACAGAAAUGCCUUUCGAAGGACUCCUCCUUUGCCAGGGGGAAGAUUCAAUGGCAUUACAGGACCAGCUUACCAACAACUUGAAGAGUCCAAGAUCUCAGAUCAGGACACAGGACCUUCUCAAGGGUUAUCUCCUGGUUUAAAAACAUCACAGAAUGCUUCAAUAAAUAUGCAACUGCCUUCAAGAGAAACAAGCUCUUAUUUCAAUAGCACGGCUUCAAGAAACAUGGUGGGCUACUCAUCGCCAAGAGCCAAUUCUGUCCCCAUCAUCCCUUCAGUGGGCUUAGAUGAAGCCUACAUGCAGACUCAAAACAUUUCAGAUAUCACAGGCAUCAAAUGGUGCAAAAACUCCUAUUCCACUGAAAUGGUCAAUAUGAGUGCCCCAACCAGCAGCUGUCUUAUUGCAGAACAAAAAGAAGUCAAACUAUUAUUAGAAACAGUCCAGGAACAGAUCCGAAUUCUGACCGAUGCAAGGAGGUCAGACAAUUUUGACCUUUCCAAGGUCAAGGCAGAAAACAGUAGGAGUGGAAACACAGCUUUUCUGCCCAUGAGCCCAGUGGCAAAAUCAGAGCGAGAGGAGGCACAGUUUGUCUUAAAAAGUGAAUCAAAAAGAGACUUGGCAUCGAUCAAGUGA